AUGAUGGGAGAUGCCUCAAAACCAUGCUUUGCCAGACGUAAUAAGGAGCGGGGGAUUUUAAAUGAGGAGGAUUUCCAGAAGUGUGCUUUACGUCACGAUUACCAAGCAAUGGAUGAUUAUGGAAAUGGACACGGCAACAAGAUGGACAUAGGGAUUGAGAAAAGAAAGGGAGCACUGGGUCACUAUGGAACAAGUCCCCGAAAGGGAGCACACGGUGUUUCAAAUCACCCGAAUUCUUCUAAAAACACUGUUCACAAUCAAGGGAUGAGGAUAAAUGAAGCCUCAAAAGACCAAAUUAAAAAGUGGGUGUCUGACAACCAUCAUGCUAAUUUAGACAGUUGGAGAGAAUACAGAUCUACACCUCGGAUUCCUGUGGUUAACAGGACAAGGAAGGAUUCUUCUCAUGAGUGCGAGAGCCAAGGAAACAGAAAUGGAAGGAAGCAGCUCCAGAGAGACUUAACAAGUGAUGAUUUAUCAGAUAGGAAAGGAAAUUCUGGUAAUAUAAACACCUUUAGAUCAUUUUCUUGUAUUUUAAAAUGUGUUCAAAUAUUUUGGGGUGACUGUAGUCUUAAGAAUUGUCUUUAGGUAUCUUCUAACCUUAGAAAAUAUAAAAUCUACAAUAUUUCAAGAUAGUGCUCUAUUGCUAAGUUAUGGCACAAUACCUGCUAAUCUAAAAAACAACCAAAGAAUGACUGGGUUGAUAUCAAUCCUAUAUCUUGCUUUAGCUGUUGUGGCAAUCACAGUUGUAUCCUGUGUAAGGUAAGUGGCUAAAAGCUGUGUUGCUAUCUGCCUUCCCAAUAACUAUGAAACCCACCAGAAAAGGUUGGGGGGAAAUAUUUCAGAUUCAUAAACAGUCGUCCCAAUAUUUUAAGAAUGUCAUCUAAAAUUUAACAGUAGGCCCUUAAAUUUACACAGUAUUGCACAAAUGCCCAUGUGACAGAAUCAGUACUUGGGGACAAAAUCUAAUGGGCAGCUGUGUUGCACAAUCCUUACUGAAAUGGUGAUGGUCAUGCCCAGCUUACACAAGAGAACUUUGGGGUGUAUUGUACCCUAAAUGAAUUGAGUAAAACAUGCGUCUGAGAUUUUUCCAUCUUCAGCUACCUGCUCUAGCCAACUCAAAUGUGCACUGGUGCCAGGGGCACUUCCAAAGGGACUUCCAAAGCCCUGAAUGGGUGCGCUUAAGGGAUAAAAAUGUGCUUUUAAGUAAAAGCUUGAUUUCCGGCUUAAGGCAUUGGUGGGAACCCUGCUGCCCUUCUGUUGCUGUUGGACCAUGUCUUACAUCAUCUGCGUCUAGCAUGGCCAUUGUAGUUCAACAUCUGGAGGGCCACAGAUUCCCCAUCCCUAUCUUAAAACUACUUGAUUUCCUCUACCGCCACCUGCAUUCAUGGCUGUAAGUUAAUGUAGCAUGAGAACAGGAUGCUUAGGAUAAUGCUGUUUUCUGUUUGGUGACACAAAUAUUAAGAGACACAAGCUUAAAUUCCAAAAAUUCGCAGUUGGGUAAUACCUUUAGUAGGAUCAACCAGAAUGUUACAAAAUAAUAACAAGGUUUUGAGUUCUGCAGAACUCUUCAACAAGUAAAGUGUUAUAUAAAGGAGUUGGUGGGGGAGGACAAACAACACACACGUUCAAAAAGUAGGCCACAUGCUGUAGCCGUAAGGUGAUUUUGUAGACUCCUUUCCAAGACGGAGGCUGAAUAAAUUUUUGCUAGAUGCUACAUAGAUCAGGUUACACACCUAGGAUUUUGGAAUAAAGAAGCAUUGGCCGCCUCCCAUUUUUUUUAAACAAAAAGCCUAGCUGUUACCAAGAUUAGUCCCACACCUUAAGCAAAACAUACAGGUGCCUGGUUGGGUGGAGAAUUUUAAGGUGAUCUCAAUUUUUUAAUGCAAUUCAAAUGACCAGGAGCUGUUUGGGAAACUUCGGAAAGAAAAACAAACCACUUUGAGAUUUUUUGAGAUAUAAAGUGGUAUGGAAAUGAUUUAAGCAAAAAAUAAAAUCAUAUCAAGUUAACUCUUUUUCACCACUUUUUGACAGUGCUUAUCUGCUAUUGGGGUUCAGUAGACCCCUUUAAAGUUGUAUCUGAAAAUAAAGGUUAAGGGUAAUUUGACAACUAUGUUUUACUUCGAGUAGUCCCACUGAAAUUAAAGGAUCUAAUUUAGUUAUGGCCAUUAAUUUCAGUGGGUCUACUCCGAGUAAAAUUUAGUUCAAUACUACCCUGAGAUUGAUUUCAACACUAUUCUACUUUAACAAAACAGGAUGUGGUAUCACAUUUCAAAAGCGUAGACUAAAACAAACUGUUGGUCCCUGCCUAAAUGUUAAUGAAAGGGAAAGCAAAAUGAUGCCUGUCUGAAAUUCUGGACUCAUAGUAAAUAAUGGAAGGAAUCCAAUGUACCUGAUAGCCUAAUAGGGAGGCCUGUCCUCCCUGCCUCCAAAAAAUUCAGAUGACAACCAUUUUAGGUGCAUCCCAUUGAUGUGCAGUCACCGACAUUUGGGUUCUUUUGGACCUGGAAAAUGGCAGAACGAGGUGGGGGCCAGGUAUGGAACCCCCAUGCGAAAUGAUCACCACCUAUAUUACAAAAAAGAAAUCAGUGUUGUGAGUCUGCACUAUGUUAAGAUAAAAGCCAAUUUGGAGCAGAAUCAUAGCUGUCAACUUUUCCCUUUUCUUGCGAGGAAUCCUAUUUGGAAUAAGGGAAUUUCCCUUAAAAAAAGGGAAACAUUGACAGCUAUGAGCAGAAUUAACUUUUGUGUGUGUGUGUGUGUGUGUGUGUGUGUGUGUUAAAAUUGACUCCUGGGAUCCUUUAUAAGUUUUGUGUGUGCAUAGGAACGUACAUUUUGUUCUGUUUCUAUAUAUAUGAUAUACACAUACAAACAUAAAAAUCUAUUACAGUGCUCUUGAAGUGGUAUAAGCACAUAAAAAUGGAAAUUUUGAUAUAGGCAAAAUGCUAAGGUUUUCCUACCCUAUUUGGAGAUGUUGCUUGGGGAUGGGGUGGGUCUCAAUGAGCAUUGAUAGUUUCACUUUCCCAUUUGUCCAGAUAGGUAAAUUGGACCCAUAAGUAAGUUAAACUUUUUUUAAAACUGAAAAACAGGGCAACACAGGACAGCUGACCCCAUAAUUGUUGAGGAGUACACAGAGUGUGAAGUGGUUCACAUGGCAAAAAAAAGGUUUGCAAAUACAGUAAGCCUGGCAACUUGCACACAUUUAACUUGUGCACAUUCAGCUUUAUGUGCUUGGCAAAUAAUUUUAAAAAAUUUAAAAAGGGGACAGGCGUCGGGGAGGGGGAAACUGGCAGUCCCACCCAUAUGCAACUUUGGCUUUAAGUGCAAGUAACCCCAGUGUACGUUGAGGGCUUACUGUAUUCCAGACAGUUUCUGGGGUCCACAGCAACCCUAUUGGCAUUAGAGUCCAAAUCAAAAAUCCACUCCAUAACAAUGUACUUCAUCAUUUUGUUGGUUCUGUUCACCUGUCAAUUAUCUUAACAUGGUUUGCCUUCUUAUCACAUACUUCCACUUCUUUAAUAAGUACAUUAAAAAGGUUCCCAAAACGGCAUUUGUAGGAAGAUAAAAGCAGUGAUACUUUAAGACUGCAACCCUAUGCACAGUAACAGCAAAGUUUUAUAUAUGGCUAGUGAGAGGGCAAAGGGACUUACUCCCAGGUAAGUGAGCAAAGGAUAGAGUUGCAAGUCAAGUCUUGCUGGGUACAAUGGGGGCAUUGGAUUGUACUCCACAUCUUUUCAUAUUCUAGGUGCCUUAUGUUAUGUUGUGCCUUCCCUUGUUGGGUUGCAAACUCGAGAGUUUUUGCAUCGCAACUGUAGAUUCCAUCUGAAGCUUGAAUGGUUUCUCAACGAUGGUUUGUUUAGGUGCGGAAAUGCACUAAGGUCACAGUCGUUAUUUGUGCCGUGCACUUACAGCAACUUUGUUCUAAUAACUGUUCAAAAGAAACAAAGAAACAUAGGAAGCCAAGAAGAUCAAGACGGAUAAGAAAAGAAGAAAAUGAUCAAGAGGAGGAUAUGGAUGGGCCGGUUAUAGAUGAAUCUUUGCUGACAGCAAAAGAAUUGCUAGGGCUUCAACAGGCUGAAGAACGACUUAAGCGAGACUUCAUUUACAGGCUGAGGAAGGUAGCUAUUUCUGCAAUAUAUAUAUAUUCUUGUUUUGGGGUGAAAUGUGCAAAUAUUGGUACUGAAGAAUACCAGUUAGGAAUAUGCUUGGCAAAUGAGAAGAGCAACAAUGGUGGGAAAGGACUUGGGAAAGCAAGGAACAUGUUUAACCACAGAUUAUUUUUAUGUAUUUGAAAAUGCUUACAAGGGGAUAGUGCUGCUUGUUCAUUAUGAUGAGCAGCAAUAAUUUGGAUGAACACCUGUAAUUUAUUACUUUGGUUUAAUGAAUCUUGCAUUGGGCAGAGUAGACGUACUGUAUUAAUAUUUGAAGGUUUUUUUAACAUUCAGCAAAGUGGUCAAUAGGUAGAAAAUCUAAAGAGCAGAGACAUAGCUGGAAUGCUAUAUAAGUAUUCUUAUUCUUACCAUUUCUGUGAUACACUGAUGAUCUGAUGUAAUUCAUGUUAAACAUCAUAAGCCACAGUACUAUCCUUAGAAUAAAAAAAUGGAAAGGCUUACCCAGAUCGUUCUUAAAAGUCACAUCUCCGUAUGGUUGCAGACACUUUCAGGAGGGUGUGUGUUGAGAGUCCGUCCAUCAAGAGGUCUGAUUCUCCCCUCUCUUCUCAAGGAAAGAAUUCCUUUGAAGUGGUUAACUCUCAUAUCCACAGUCUUUUGUAAAAAUUCCAAUCACACAACAAAAUCAUUGACAUAACUUAAAUGUUGCGCUGAUCCAGGAAUAUGAAAUGUCUGGGUAAUUUUUAUUAAUAAAAUUCUCACUUGUCAACACAGAUAUUGAAGUAAUCAAUGUGCAGCUCAGAUUUAGGCCCAAGGAAUGAAUAUGUAAAAAUCAUUUCAAAUCUGAAUCAAAGGCACAUUAUUGGACCUUAAGCAAUUUUUAGAGUCAGGGAGCUGCCUGAUUUAAUAGGUAGUACAUAGAUGUUUCAAUAUGAGUAUCAUGCCUGCGCAGGAAAGACCAUGCUGUUAAGUGAACUGGAAAUAAGGUCCGUUCAGCAUGAAUGGAGAUACAUAUCAUAGCUUUCCUAUAGGACUGAAAUGCUACUUCUCAGUGCUAUUUAAAUGAUCCUAGAUGUUUUCUGACAAAUGGUUUGACUCUGAGUCCAGGUGACUCGUCUUGACAGGAACAUUGUGAAAUGAUAUAUCUGCAGAAGCUUUGAUUUGUUUUAGUCUAUUUUAUUGUGGUUUAAACUUUUUGUAUACAGUCGUACCUCGGAAGUCGAACAGAAUCUGUUUCGUAAGUCUUCUUGACUUCCGAAACAUUUAACUUCCAAAGUGCGGCUUCUGAUUGGCUGCAGCAAGCUCCUGCAGCCAAUGGGAAGCUGCAGAAGCCCCGUCGGACGUUUGGCUUCUGAAAGAACAUUCAAAAACUGGAACACUCCCUUCCGGUUUUUGAGUGUUCGCGAGCCAGAAUGUUAGACUCCCAAGGCGUUCUAGGUAUGACUGUAUUUUAAAUUACAGUUGAAAUUUUUCUGUAAACCACUUUGAAGUUGUUGUUUUCUACGAUCAAGCGGUAAAUAAAUUUUAGGAAAUAAAUAAAUUAAAAUCAAUACAUUUUAAUACAUUGUUCUCCUUAGCGCCCUCGAAGUUACCCAACAGCCAAAUACACUUGCAAGUUAUGCGAUACUUUGAUUGAGUCGGUGGCUUUUGCUCAUAAGCAUAUUAAAGAAAAGAGACACAAGAAAAACAUAAAGGUGAGUCAACGGCCAGUCAGAGCUAUAGAAGCAUUACAGGGGUUUUGUGUGUGUGUGUUGUGCAGAUUAUUAAGAGAAAGCUCAAAAUAUCACAUGUCAGUAUGGUAGCUGAUGAGCAGCAGCAGCUAAACAUGGGAGCCCCUACAUUGCCCCCUCCUAGCAACCUUAUUCCAACCUUCCCUGCUUUAGGGCAGGAUGUUCUGUGCUUGGGACCUAUAACUAGUGGGGAGGGAGCAAUAGAGAUGACGCAGGGAGGGGUAAUAGGUGCAUGUUGUGAGCUGCACAUGUGUGCAAGAGGAAGUGGCCUGCAGCCAAACAUGCAGUCCUUGGGCUGAAGCAGGUGAGCCAUACUUGCUCUGAUGGUAAAGGUAAAGGGAUCCUGACCAUUAGGUCCAGGCGUGGCCGAUUCUGGGGUUGCGGCGCUCAUCUCGCUUUAUUGUCCAAGAGAGCCAGCGUACAGCUCAUGUGGCCAGCAUGACUAAGUCGCUUCUGGCGAACCAGAGCAGCGCACGGAAAUACCGUUUACCUUCCCGCCGGAACGGUACCUAUUAUCUACUUGCACUUUGACAUGCUUUCGAACUGCUAGGUUGGCAGGAGCUGGGACUGAACAACGGGAGCUCACCCCAUCACGGGGAUUUGAACCGCCGAACUUCUGAUCGGCAAGUCCUAGGUUCUGUGGUUUAACCCACAGUGCCACAUGCUUGCUCUAGGGAGUUGAUUAGAAAAGUCGUUGACUCAGCAGUCCAAAUCCCUACCGGGACAGAUGUCUUCGGAUGGUGGCUCAAGGGGGAAAUAGCAAAGCCAUUUGUGGGAGCCAGAGACCUUGAGGAAGCUGAGGGAGGUUGAAACGCAGGAACGAAUGUUGCAGCCAGGGAUGUACUUGGGUAAGAGAGCCAAGAUCAGAAAGUGGCAAGAUUGUGGAAGCCUUUCGAGUUGUGGCAAUUGGUUCAUGCUGGAUCUGGGCAUGAGCAGGAAGCCAUGGUACGGAUUUGAAAUCCCCUGCUUAAAAUGGCCUCCCUUGCCCUCUUUUUGGUGGGUUUUUUUACCAUCUCAUGAAUACCUUUAUUUUCUCUUGGCAUCUGGCUUGCCAUGUUGAUGCCUGUUACCCUUGCUGUCGUUUUUCUAAACAACGUUGAAUUUAUGUUGUAAGCUCCUUGGGUUACCUAGGGACCUUUUUGUUCUGCAAAGUGUUAUGCGCAUUACUACCACAAUACAAAUAGGAGUACAUAGUACGUCUUCUUACAUUUGUUUCUCUUGCACAAGAAAUGCUUUUCUGUGAGUAAAUAUUAUCUGUGAUGUUUUAGCUAGUAAGAGGACAUACUUUUGGAAAUGCGCUUUGCAGGGACAUUAGAAUUGGUUCUCCCCCCCCCCCAAAAAAACCCCCCAAAAUAGUAUGGAGAAAUAAAAGUAGGUAAACUGUACUUUUUACAUUAUUAAAAUGAUUCUGAGAGAAAAAAAUUAUAUAUUUCUUGCAUAUUAUCUCUAAAGGAAAAGCAAGAACAACAACUGCUGACUGCCCUACCUCCACCAACGCCUUUGCAGAUUGAAGCUAUUGGUGUUGCCAUUGAGAAAGUAGUGCAAGAGUUUGGUUUAAACAAUGAAGACUUGGAACAACGGCUUGGAGUUAAAACUGCCAUGGAAAGUGUAUUGCAUCAGAAAUUGCCAGGUAACAUUUUAUUAUAAUUGUCUUUAACAAGUGGUGAUCCAGGUUGUAUUUCCGUGGUAUCUUAGUUAAAAAGGUAAAGGUAAAGGUACCCCUGCCCGUACGGGCCAGUCUUGACAGACUCUAGGGUUGUGCGCUCAUCUCACUCUAGAGGCCAGGAGCCAGUGCUGUCCGCAGACACUUCCGGGUCACAUGGCCAGCGUGACGAAGCUGCUCUGGCGAACCGGCACCAGAGCAGCACACGGAAACACCGUUUACCUUCCCGCUAUAAAGCAGUACCUAUUUAUCUACUUGACUUAAGGGUGCUUUCGAACUGCUAGGUGGGCAGGAGCUGGGAUCGAAUGACGGGAGCUCACCCCGCCGUGGGGAUUCGAACCGCCGACCAUGCAAUCGGCAAGUCCUAGGCGCUGAGGUUUUACCCACAGCGCCACCCGCGUCCCAGUAUCUUAGUUACUUGAUGCAAAAUAUAGACCCAGCGCUGUAAAAUAGGUGAACUGCUAAAGGAGAAGCCAGCAUAAUGGCUAAAAAUAAGCAGUGCUUAAAUAUCGCUAAAUCAGAUUCAUAUUCAUGUCCUUUAAACAUGGAUAGAACAUAGGUUAACCAGGAAUGGAUGUGGGGAGUGUAAACUCCUGUUAUUCCUGGAUCUGCUCUGGUCAAGACUUCUUUGUGGAGAAGAAAGUAUUUUCCCCUGUUCUGCAUUUCAAAUUGAAAUUUUCCAUUUUCAUUCACUAUAGAUUGUUCUCUAAGACUGUAUGGCUCUUCUUGCAGCAGAUUUGGUUUCAAAAACUCAGAUGUAAAUCUAGAUAUCCAGUUUCCAGCUAAUGUAAGUAAUCAUUUUCUUCAGGAAAUAUUCUAGCAGCUUUGCUGCCAAAUUAAGUUUACAUGGUUCAUAGCAGCCAUAAUGGUACUAUAAAAAUCAACAUGCAUGCCUACAGUUCUGGGAAAGUUAUAAAUUUGAGCAGUUUAUAAAAGCAAAGCAAAGCAUAGCAAAGAUGCAUAUACAAAACCUCAAAUAACUAUUGAUGUGAACUAAAGUUUUAAUGAGAUUCUCUUUUUUAAUAUGGUUAUUGGUUGGCAUCCAUCUGUCUCCAGAGACAGUGGAAGAGUCAAAGCAUUGGAGAGUUACAGCACAUGCUGUGGCUGUGAGACCGAUAUGGGAGAGAGAUGUUUUGUUGCAACUGGGACAAGUGAGGGCGUCUGGUUGUGCUGUCACAGAUGUACCAUGGUGUUUCUUCUUUCUGCAUAUUUCCCAGCAGUCAUUCCUCCACUGAUUACAGGUCACUGCUGUGGAUACAUGCACUGAAUGAUUGUCUGGUUAUCAUAAUUUUUUUUUUUUUUUGCAUUAAAGCCACCUCUACUUUUUAAAGUACCACCGGACAGCUAGUUUUCCCAAGUUAAAUGUCACAAAAUACUAUACUAAUAUUUCAAAAUAAAUAAUAACAUCAGUAAAUGUUAAAAUUUUAUAGUUUUGUUUUGCUGUUCUUUAUAGAUGUCCCAACCAGAUGUUCUCUUACUUGUACAAGAGAGCCUGAAGAAUAGUGGUAAGGCCCAUUCAUUCAUAUCUCGACUUAGCUAUGUCCUCACCUACAUUGGGUGAGAAUGUCAUUUCUGUGCAAGUAGCACCAAACAAAUAUCUCUUGAGGGUAGGCAGUGGACAGGACUGCCUGUAUCUAAUGACUGGUGCCAUUGUCCCUAUUUUCAUACAGCAACUAAGAGGAGAGAGUAUUAGCACAGUGGUGGUGGAAGAUGGUACUAGAUAGAUGUCUGGAUUGGAAUGGUUGAUUUAUAAUUCUUUCAAAGCAGCUCAUCCAAAGCCCAACAAACCAUAGCUUGAGAAAAAGAAUGGAGGAAUCAUAUGGAUCAUAAUGGCUCCCCAGAAAUUUUGGCUACAGGAGAAAAGUAUAGCCAAAUGUUUCUUAGAGCUGAUGGGGCCUAAUAAUAAUAAUAAUAAUAAUAAUAAUAAUAAUAAAUUUUAUUUAUAUCCCGCCCUCCCCAGCCAAAGCCAGGCUCAGGGCGGCUAACAACAAACAAAUAAUCAAACAAUCAAAUAAUCCAACAUUCUAAAACAUUUCAUUAUAAAAAUUAAUUAAAAUCAAAUUAAUGGCAACCGUUAAGCAAAGUUCUGUGCAGGUUGCCGGAGGUGGGAGUCAGGCUGGGCCCUGACCAAAGGCCUGGUGGAACAACUCUGUCUUGCAGGCCUUGCUGAAAGAUGUCAGGUCCCGCAGGGCCCUAGUCUCUUGUGACAGAGCGUUCCACCAGAUUGGAGCUGCAGCCGAGAAAGCCCUGGCUCUAGUUGAGGCCAGCCUAACCUCUCUGAGGCCUGGGACCUUCAGGAUGUUUUUAUUUGCAGACCGUAGGUUCCUCUGUGGGGCAUACCAGGAGAGGCGGUCCCGUAGGUACGAGGGUCCUAGGCCGUAUAGGGCUUUAAAGGUUAAAACCAGCACCUUAAACCUGAUCCUGUACUCCACCGGGAGCCAGUGCAGCUGGUAUAGUACCGGAUGAAUGUGAUCUCGCAGCGAAGACCCCAUAAGGAGUCUCGCCGCGGCAUUCUGCACCCGCUGGAGUUUCUGGGUCAGUCUCAAGGGCAGCCCCACGUAGAGCGAGUUACAAUAAUCCAGUCUGGAGGUGACCGUCGCGUGGAUCACAGUGGCUAGGUCAGGGCGAGAGAGAUAAGGGGCCAACUGCUUAGCUUGGCGGAGAUGAAAAAUGCCGCCUUUGUUAUAGCUGUAAUCUGCGCCUCCAUAGAGAGGGAGGUAUCGAAGAUUACACCCAAACUCUUAACGGACGGUGCUGGCACUAAUUGCACCCCGCAAGAGAUGGGAGUUGCCCCCAAUCCCAUAUCGUCCCGUCCCAGCCAGAGGACCUCUGUCUUCGAAGGAUUUAACUUCAACCGGCUUCCGCGUAACCAUCCAGCCACAGCUUCCAAACAUCUGGUCAGUGUGUCUGGGGCCGAGUCAGGAUGGCCAUCCAUCAACAGAUAGAGGUGUUAGCAUGUAUCAGGUAGCAGAAAAAGAGGCAACACCUCUAUAGUAUGCACUUGGCCAUAUACAACCGCAACCCAUCAACUCUUUGUUGUUAAGGCUUCAUUCAGGAUAUGAGGAAAAGGCUAAAAGAGAUGGUUUAUAAGGGAAGAUUGAAGGAAAACAGAAGUGAUCUGAUGUCUGGGAUGGCCACCGUGAGAACAGAAUACUGGACCACAUGGGCCAUAUGGGCCUGAUACAGUGGGCUCUUAGGUUCUUAUGUCCUUGUACUCUGUCUUGAUUUAUCUGGAAUAUUGACUGCUGGUUCCACAGGUUAGAAUCAGGAAUUGCCACUUCACUCCUAAACCUGCAUUAAGAUGGUGGGCAAAACUCCACUGUAACUAUUUUUAAGAACCCCGAAUGAAGCAGAUUGGCUAACGAAUGCCAAUAAUUAAAAUAAGGUUUGUAACACGGGCAGUCCUUGGCAUUUAAUGCUAGUUAGUGCAUCAUUUUCUGAAACAAUCGUUCCUGAUUUUUUAUACACCAACAGAGGUGUCAGUUAUACAAACUGAUCAGUAAGUACAACCUGCGUACUACUAAGCCACACAUUUUAUUGUGAGUGUAAGCAUAGCCCGUAGACUUGUCUCAGCAGUCAUUUUGUUGGUUCUGUUUGCCUGUCAGUUAUCUUAACAUGGUUUGCCUUCUUAUCACAUACUUCCACAUCUUUAACAAAUACAUUAAAAAGGUCCUAAAGAACCUUCAUUGGCUCCCAGUUUCCGAGCACAAUUCAAAGUCUUGGUGCUGACCUUUAAGUCCCUAAACGGCCUUGGCCCAGUAUACCUGAAGGAGCGUCUCCAUCCCCAUCACUCAGCCCAGACAUUGAGGUCCUACUCUGAGGGUCUUCUGCUGGUUCCCUCACUUCAAGGAGUGAAGCCACAAAGAACCAGGCAGAGGGCCUUCUCGGUAGUGGUGCCCUCUCUGUGGAACACCCUCCCUUCAAAUGUCAAGGAGAUUUACACAACUUUAAGAAGACACCCCUUUAUCGGGAGGUUUUUAGCGCUUGAUGUUUUUAGAUCUGCUGUAAGCUGCCCAGUGUGCCUGGGGAAAUCCAGCCAGAUGGGCGGGGUAUAAUUAAUAAAAUUAUUAUUAUGAUUACUAUUAGGAUUACUCCUGAGCCAUUGCUUUACGGGUGUUUUUUCAAGCUCAGCCACCUAAUCAGCACCAUGUGAACCAAGCGUCAUGUCUGGAUAAAGAUAUUCAUUUGCCUGUUUCCUUUAUGCUUAUAAAAACAGGUAGCUGGUGGCCCUUUUUUAAUACCUUGGUAAUUAAUAGAAGCUGAAUGAAAACAAAAAUAUAUGUGUGAAUUGAAACUUAGAUAAGUACCUUAAUCUUCAAAUGUAUGAUUUAAUAUGGCAGAGAUACUACUGUGCCCAAAAAUGUCUGUUUACUUACUCAAAAGAGAGAAAGAACAGGCAAACCCUGCUGCAUUUCCAUCGCUCAUUUUAAGGGCCUGAACCACUGGUCAAGCUGUGAAGGAUCAGGCCCAUGGGUUUGUGUGGCUUAAGCGGAACAGUUGUUGUUGUUGCUGACUAGUUUUAUUUAUUAGUAUCAUUAGAGGGUUUCUUCUGGUCUUUAAUUUUUGCAGUCUAAGAAUGGAUUCAGAUGACCAUCUGAAGCUCCAUUCACGUGGGCAAAUGUUUUGCCCACUGACAGCUGAACCCUGUAUGUAUUGAAGAGGUAUUUAUCAGGAGAACCAGCACAUUAUAGAUUCAAAGGGAUGGCUGUAGUUGUGACAUGAAAACUGAAUACAUGUGAAUGUAAAAGACCAGCAAGGGAGUAGAAGAUUUUCCUCUGCUCUUCUGUGUGUGAGACAGUUUAUACAUCUUAUUUUUCUUCAGUACCAUGAUUAAUGUGGCUUUCUUUUUCCCCUUCUUAGAAUCUUUUGUUGAUGUUGAUGCAGAUUUCCAUGCUAGAGUGCCUGUGGUGGUGUGCAAAGAAAAACAAAGGUCUCUGAUAGCAAAUUUGUGUGUGUGUAUAGUACUGAACAAUGUAAAUUAAAGAUCCACACAUCUCUGUUGGCUUCUGUAUUAAAUCAUUCUAAAUAUAUUGAUUCCCAUAGUAAUGUGAGCAAACAAAUUAUGGUAGAAUCUAACAGUAAGGACUGCUUCUUCCACUCUCAUCAGUGCCCUAAGAAUCACUUCAUUUCUGCAUCCUUGCCUUCAAAGGGCAAAAGAAACAAAACAAAAAGAAGCAAUUUACACAUGUGAUGCAAGCAUAAAGCCUUAUCCCAGCUGUAGUUUCUUGUAAAUAAGUUUAGGGUUAGGGUCUUACUAAGAUAAUAUCAAGCUAAGUCAUGCUCAUAGUAGACUCGUGACUUAAGUUACUUAGGUCUAUUGACUUUGAUGAGACUACUCUGAAUAUGACUACUGUUGGAUAUCACCCCAAGGCUUCAAUCCUGUUCCUGCUUACCUGGUAGUAAGCCUCAUUGAACUCAGAACUUCUCAGUAGACAUAUUUGUGCUAUGAGAAACAUCAAGAACAGCUGGCACAACUUUAAUAUUAAAUAGGGGAAAGGACUACACUCUGGUAUAUUUUUCUAACCAUUUACAUAGCACCACUUACUUAAAGCUGUUACAGUUUAUUAAUACGUUAAUAAGAGCCAUAGCAUAAUUAAAUGGUUUACAUUUACAUAGUGCUUGUUUACCAACUGAAGUAAGUAAAUCAUCUAUUAAAAAGUAGGCUAAUGUAGUUUUUAAGAGUCAUUAAAGUGCUAUUCCAAAGCAUAAUUGUCUGUUAGAAGGCUAAUGCGAGUAAUGACUGCAAUUAAGCGUAAUCCGCGUCACAUCAAGUGAGUUUUAUGCAGUCAUAAUGUAUAUAUUUAUUAUAGCUUCAGUACAGACAUUUAAGCAGAAAUUCUUCUAGCUACUUCCUUGAUAGGAUGACAAUCCAUUAGCCUGUCUUUCUUCAAACCCUGCUAAUGAGGAUUCACUAUAGUAUACAAAUGAGCUUUCAUACAACAAUAAACCAACCAUAAGUUAGGAUCCAAUAAUUCCCAAGUAUGUCAACUGUGAUUGUUAUAUAUGGCCCCUGUUAUUGCAUGUUAAUCCAACCGCCUGAUUCAAGUCUAAAUAGAAAAAUCUCACUCUACAAGCAGGUAUCUCAUUUGUGAAUUAAAAAACAUCAUGGCGGCUGUGAUUUAAGUCUUUAUUACACAUCAGAUAGAACCACCCAUUCAGUGACUGCCACUGAAAAGACCAGUUUCACGGCUGUUCCACUUCCUCACCUCCUGAAUAACAUUUAGUAGAAGAGCAUGUGAUGCACCAACAUUGUAGUCAUGACGUCAUAUCUUGCUUAUUUCUGCCAUAUUUCUGGGAGAAAUAAGGAAAUGCUGUUUUCUGCGGUAUCCACUCAUUUCCAGUUCUACCCUUAGUUUGCUUUUCCUAGGGAGUGAAAAUAUGGUUUUUACAUAUGUGUCUUUUAUCAUUUUAGUGGCCUUGUUUGCAGAGUAAGUGCUGGGAAUGAAAACGCUUGGCUGACAACAAAUCACUUGGCUAAACUAGGAAAACUAGAACCUCCUCUUGUGUCCCUGGUAAUUGCCUUUAGACACUGGGCCAAGGUAAGUCUGGCUUUGUAGCAAAGCACAAAUACUUACAUUGUUUGCCAUGAUCAGUGUUCAAAAAUCCCAUUGUUCUAGGCGCAUUUUGCAACAGGGAAUUUUAUUAGCUCGAGCAGUUUCUGAGCUCUGGGCGCAAUACUGCACCUAAGAUUUCAGAUUAAAACUGCAGAGUAGAAGGAAAGGAGGACCUUUUUCUGCCUCCCUAAUUCCAGCUACUCUGAAGACUGGAGAAGAGACCCUCUUAAGAAUAUUAGCGGGGGGGGGGGGGGGCAGGGAAAGGACCUAGACCAUGUGAACAAUGAACAUAAUAUUUUAGCUGCAGUUCGUUCAUUUUCAGCUUUGUAUUCUUGUUAUUAAAAAGCACACCUAGACAUUCCGUUGUUGUGCCCAUAACCUCGGUUUAAAGUGCCAUGUAGCUCCUAGCUUUCAUAUCUCAGUUUCUAACACUGGCCAUGAUUAAGGUUGUGUGUACAAUGUGUACUCUGUCCUUUAAUUUUUAAUUUUUAAAAAGCUUUAUUCUGUAUAUAUACUUAAUUUAAGCAAAUGUACUUAACGCUUUGGAGCUAGCUGAGCCUUUCUGCAUUCAUGAUUGAAUGUUGCAUGCCAGCUACUAUAAUAAUAAUAAUAAUAAUAAUAAUAAUAAUAAUAAUAAUAAUUUCUUAUUUAUAUCCCGCCCAUCUGGCUGGGUUCCCCCAGCCACUCUAUCUGAAAUAAUGUGUUUCUUAAACAUGGGGGGCAAGUUAGCUUUAGACAAUCACAGCUAAAUUUUCCAACACCUGAACUCUGUUUAGUAGCAUUUGAAUAUUGGAUUAGGAAACAUACUUCUUUCUGAAGAAUUUGUGUGGCCUCCAACUUGCUAUAACUCUGAAACAAUAGUCAUAGCAAGUGAUUGGAAAAUGGUAGAAACCUGAGGCAGCCCCUUCAAGUUUAGCUAUUUUAUAUAUAGCUUGGUGCUUCAAGUGAUACCUCUCCUGAUUGUAAGAGAUUUUUGGCCCAAAUCAGACAAGACCCUGGAGGUAAGACUUGUUUCACCUAUGUAUCUAUAUCUAACCAAGCACAGAAGUAUUCCUAAGGUAUGACAUACCGUAUUUUUCGCCCUAUAGGACACACUUUUUCCCCUCCAAAAAUGAAGGCUUCAGGAAGCUCUGCGCAACCCUCGGGAGACCGGCUCCGAUGGCCGCGCAGAGCUGCCUCCAGUCCCGGGCUCAGCGCACUUCUCCCCAUCGCCAGCCCCACAAGCUCGGGGGACAGCGGGGAGACGGAGCGUGCCUUCCCGCUGUUCCCCGACCUGGUUCUUCCAGCCCCGCACCUGGGGGGAAAUAUUUUUUUUCUUCUUUAUUUCCCCCCCAAAAAACUAGGUGCGUCCUAUGGGCCGGUGCGUCCUAUGGGGCGCAAAAUACGAUAAGUUGGAACAGAUAGCUUCUGUUGUAAUCCUGGCUUUGUGUGAUCAUAGCUAUUCAUGGGCAGAGUCAGAGUCAGCACACUUAUUUUUGUCCACUAAAAUCCAUUGCCCAAACUUUCAAAGCCAUGUUUCCUACCUCCUUUAAAAAAAAAAGAAAACUCAAAUCAGGGAUCCAAGAUCUGUACCCAGUACUGAAGUACAGACAUUAUGUUUCCUGAUAUCAUAAUCACAGUUAGGUGAUUGGAAGUGCUCUUUGAGCUCACACACCUUCGUCUCCCCCUCUUCUGAUGUGUAAAUUCUCCCAUUCUGUUCAUUUUCAGAACUGAUAAUGGUAGUGUGUUAAUAGCUACAAUGGUGCUUGGCUAGCCAUGGAUAGAAGUGGGUUUGCAAACAGUUUUAUCUGAGUGAAAGUUCCUGUUCAUAUGUAACACUUCUCUAUCUUUGCUCUAAACAUGAAAGCCGUGUGGGGAAUUUCACACAGCGAAAGUGGGGGACGUAGAAGGAUGUGAGCCUGCAGGGUGCUUGUGAUCUCCAUACUAUAGCAGCAUUACCUUAACAGCAGGCCACAUCUAAUAGGAUUCUGAAGCUUGCUCGCAGUGCUCUUCAAUGAAUGUUUUCUUUUCCUUUUCCUUUCUUAUAGCUCUGUUGUGCAGAUCGUCCUGAAGAGGGUGGCUUACCACCUUAUGUCUUUGCUUUAAUGGUCAUUUUCUUUCUGCAACAGAGGAAAGAACCCUUUCUUCCUGUAUAUUUAGGAUCAUGGGUAAGCGAGCCUUGCAUAAAGGUUUCUUAAACUUCUAUAUAAAGUAUUGAAGAGAGAGAAAGAAUGCAUUUCAAACAGUAGCAGCAUCUAGACAAUCCUCUGAGUUCCACAAGCUCAAAUGUUUCCUCUUGCUUUCCUCAUGUGCACAGCUUUAAUACACCCCAAUCUGACGAAAUCAUGGUUUGCAAUUCACAUCUGAUCUGGCAGAUAUUAUAUGAGGUUUCGAAAGGUUUUGGAGAAACUUCUUUAUCAAAGACUAGCAUAACUAGCAGUUAUGAUGUAAGAUUUUUUUAAAAAACCCUCUUCCAAAUUGUUAAGUGGAAGAGAGUGAACAGUGAGGUCCCGCAAGGACCUGCAUUGAUACUUAAAUUAAUAAAUUACCUGGAGUCUGUCUGUCUGAACAGUGAGGUUAGCAGAUGACAUCACAGUAUUCAAGUUGAUGAAAUCCCAAGUUCAUCUGGUUCAGAAUACAGUGGUGCCCCGCAAGACGAAUGCCUCGCAAGACGGAAAAACCGCUAGACGAAAGGGUUUUCCGUUUUGGAGUUGCUUCGCAGGACGAAUUCCCCUAUGGGCUUGCUUCGCAAGACGAAAAUGUCUUGCGAGUCUUGAGAUUUUUUUUUCGCUUUUCCCCCCCUUUAUCUAAGCUGCUAAACCUUUAAUAGCCUUUUAGCAGCUAAUCCGCUAAGACGAUAAGCCUUUAAUAGCCGCUAAACCGCUAAUAGCGCUAAUCCGUUAAGCCGCUAAUAGGGUUGCUUCGCAAGACGAACAAACCGCUAGACGAAGACACUCGCGGAACGGAUUAAUUUCGUCUUGCGAGGCACCACUGUAUGGUGAUGGAAUUAUUAACAGGGAUUGUGAUGAUGACCAUAUCUUCCAAGCACAGUUCAAAGUGCUGAUGUUGAACUUUAACACCCUCAACUAUUUGGGUCCAGAGUCUCUGAAGAGUCGACCCGUUCACCUGUGCAAGUUUUUACCAGUGUGCAAGAUUUUAGCCAGUGUGGUGUAGUGGUUAAGAACGGUAGAUUUGUAAUCUGGGGAACCAGGUUCGCUUCCUUGCUCCUCCAUCUUCAGCUGCUGGCUGACCUUGGGCUAGUCACGCUUCUCUGAAGUCUCACCUCACAGAGUGUUUGUUGUGGGGGAGGAAGGGAAAGGAGAAUGUAGGCCGCUUUGAGACUCCUUUGGGUAGUGAUAAAGCGGGAUAUCAAAUCCAAACUCUUCUUCUUCUUCUCCUGCUAUAACAAUAGUUUUGGUUUGGCUCCUGUUUUUAUAUGUUUAGAUUAUUUAUUGUAUUUAUAUCGAUGAUCUUGACAAGCUACCUCGAGUGCAAUUUUAGGAAGGUGAGGGGGUGUGUGUGGGUUUUUUUUUAAAAAAAAACAACAAGAAAGGCAGACAUAAAGCAAAAAAUUAAGGUAGCAGUAUUGGCUCAUAACAAAAAAUCCAAGUCAUCUAUAAGCCAUGUGACUAGCAAAAGUAAUGUCAGAGGAGAUAACAUUGUAUGUGCAAAGCGAUGAGGAACUGGAAGAAAAAUUUAUAGUCUUUUUUGAAGCUUGGUGGGGUCUUAGUGGACAGUGACUGUUCAGGGGGGGAUAAUCCUAGACUCACGGGAAGCUUGCUGAGAGGAAUUUGACUUCUAUUCAUUUUCUCUUCCCCUGUUGCUAGAUUGGAGGGUUUUCAUUGAACAAACUAGUGAACUUCAAUCUAAAAGAAGUUGAAGAUGACAUUGUGGUCUGGGAGCACAAUCCUGCUGUCGAGGAUCCUGGCUCUUCAAAGGAAACUUCUCCUAAGCGGGGAAAGGUAUCAAUUUUAAGACUGGAAUUUAAGUUUUAAACCCUUCACACACUUUUAUUUUUAAAAAGUAGCAGCAAUCUAGAAUUAAACAAGAAACUAUUCGGCUGUUUUUUAUAUUGCCUCAAACACUUUUUUUAUACAUAUGUCUGUUGAGGGUACUGUCUGAUGAUUUUGAAGAAUUAUGUCAAAAUAUUUGGUAGAUCCUGUCUAAUGAAGCUUGUGCUCUGAUAAUCGGAUGUUUGAAGUCAAGUACAGCGGUACCUCUGGUUGCGAAUGGGAUCCGUUCCGGAGCCCCGUUCGCAACAUGAGCAGAACACAACAUGCGCGGGUCGCGAUUUGCCGCUUCUGCACAUGCGCGUGACAUCAUUUUGCACGUCUGCGCAUGCGCGAGCAGCAAAACCCGGAAGUAACCCUUUCCGGUACUUCUGGGUUGCCGCGGGACACAACCUGAAAACCCGCAACCUGAAGCAAACAUAACAAGAGGUAUGACUGUACUUCCAGCUGUAAUAAUGUCAGAUAGAAAUUCUGUUGUCUGUCUUUGGGUCCCUAAAAUACUUAGGUAUUAUCUAAUCCCAUGAUUUUUUUGCACAUCUUGCUGAUCUGAGUACGGGGUUGCACUAUACAGCUGCAGAUUUAUUAGCCCUUGUCUAGGGGCUGCUGCCUCCGCCCAUUUUGCUUUACAGCUCAGGCAAAAGAAGCACCACCUCACAGCUUGCCUAUCCCUGUGCUCUCCUGCUACCACUGGUGGUGGGUGAAGGGGAGCAAGUCUCCCCCUCAUCUCCCCGUGCUGUUCUGCUGCCUCCCAGAGAAGGAAGUCUGCUGUUUUUAAAUGCAAACUUCCUUUCCUUGGUGACAGUGGCGGGGAGGGAGAGACGAAGAGGAGAAAGGCUUUCUUUCCCUUCAUUCCCCAGUGUGGGAAGGCCUUCCUAGGCCACCUGCUCGCUCCCCUGGUGGGCUCAUUUGGGGUGCAGGCUUACUUGGUCCCAGCAUGACAGUGGAUGAAUGCAAAUACAGUACAGGGGAAUAUAUGGUAAAUUCCGGAUUACAGCUCUUUUUCUCCUACAGUGGACCCUCUGGAUACAAAUUUAAUUCAUUCCAGGGGUCCGUGCACACCCCCGAAAAUCCAUAACCAAAGGCACCGCUUUUGCGCAAGUGCGCAACACGAUAGAGCGCUUCUGUGCAUGUGUGUGGCGUGCAGAGUGCUCACAUGCGCAAGUGGCGAAACCUGGAAAAAUACUUCCAGGUUUGCCGCUUUCGCAACCCGAAGAUUACGUAUCCAGAGAGGUACGUAACCCGAGGGAGGGUCCACUGCACUUGAACUUAAAUCUUCAAAUCUAGGCCAAAGUGUGAUACUGCCUUUUUUUUAGCUUUGGAGCGCAGAUGCCAGGCAAAUCAGAUAAUCCAGCCUUUGUUUUAAUUGGCAGGUUCCUUUAGUGUUUGAUUCGGAUCAUCAAUGUUUAGUCCCAGUUGGACAGCUCUGGGUUGAACUGCUUCGUUUCUACGCCCUGGAGUUUAAUUUGGCUGACUUAGUCAUUAGCAUACGCCUCAAAGAAAAAGUGUCUCGUGAAUCGAAGGACUGGCCUAAAAAGCGGAUUGCUGUGGAAGGUAUUUGAAAGUAGUUUGUUUGCAGGAAGGUCCAAUUUGUAUUACCUGUUGAAGAAAUGUGCAUUGUUUGGCAUUUAAAGCAGACUAUCCUUCCCCCCCCCCUUUUGACAUUCUUCUUAAGCAGGUACCACUCAAAUCAUUCAAUCUUAGAACUGUAGAGUGUGAAGGGACCCUGGGGUCAUCUAGUCCAACCCCCUGCAAUGCAGGAAUCUCAACUAAAUCAUAUAUGAUAGGUGGCCAUCCAACCUCUGCUUAAAAACCUCCAGACAGGUCUUACUGUCAGUAUUAGCUACAGCUGAGAAAACUCUGACUAAGUUUUGUUUUGUUGUUUUCUCUAUUUGUGUUCAUUACGACUGUCUAAGGACUCUUGGUUUUGGCCGUGGCGCAUGGAACAACAGUUCAGCUGAGCAUGCCUUUACAUUGGUCUCCAUUACUACUUAAUAAUAAUAAUAAUAAUAAUAAAUUUUAUUUAUACCCCGCCCUCCCCAGCCAAGGCCGGGCUCAAGGCGGCUAACAAGCAAUAAUAAAAACAAGUUGAAUGAAUACAACUUAAAAACAAGAUUAAAAUACAACAUUAAAAUAGUGAAACAUUAAAAUAUUAAAAUGCAGCCUCAUCACAGGAGGAGAAAGGAAAAAGAAAGGGGGGGAGGGAAACAAAUUGGCUCCAAGCCAAAGGCCAGGCGGAACAACUCUGUCUUACAGGCCCUGCAGAAAAAAAUCAGAUCCUGCAGGGCCCUGGUCUCAUGAGACAGAGUGUUCCACCAGGCCAGAGCCAGUGUUGAAAAGGCCCUGGCUCUGGUUGAGGCUAAUCUAACUUCCUUAGGGCCCGGGACCACUAGGGUGUUGCUAUUUAUGGACCUUGAGGCUCUCCGUGGGGCAUACAAUGCAAGAAUCUCAACACACGCCUUUGUUCCACGCUCCCGGGCUGCUUGGGGGGGGGCAUGUGAUAAGGCUGUGAAUAUAAGCCACACUUUAACUUUUCAUGGCCCGAAUAUUCGGGUUUUAUCACUGCAUCACUUGGAGGUAAAGAUUAGGUGGUUUAUGCACACACCCCACCCCACCUCACCUCACCUCAAGCAGCUGUGUAAAGUAGCUCCUAGAGAGAAUCAUUUGCUGCAAAAUAUUUCUGAUAAACAUCUAUUUCAUAAAAAUAGUUUUCUUAUUUUCCAUCCCUAUGGAGACCCUCAGGGUGGCUUACAGUUUCAAGUAUAAAACAAUAAAACCAUCAAAAGCAGAAUAAACUCAAGUAAUAACCACAUUCCAUGAACCGUAACAGUAAGGUAAAGGGUAAAGGGACCGCUGACCAUUAGGUCCAGUCGUGGCCGACUCUGGGGUUGUGGCGCUCAUCUCGCUUUACUGGCUGAGGGAGCCAGCAUACAGCUCACUGUCAUGUGGCCAGCAUGACUAAGCCGCUUCUGGCGAAUCAGAGCAGCGCACGGAAACUCCGUUUACCUUCCCACCGGAGCAGUACCUUUUUAUCUACUUGCACUUUGACGUGCUUUCUAACUGCUAGGUUGGCAGGAGCAGGGACCGAGCAACGGGAGCUCACCCCGUCGCGGGGAUUCGAACUGCCAACCUUCUGAUCGGCAAGCUCUAGGCUCUGUGGUUUAACCCACAGCGCCACCCGUGUCCCUUUGAACAGUAACAGUAGCACCCCACAAAACCAGGGCAGUUGGACUCAACAAGCAUGCUCACCUAAAUGAAAAUGUUUAGACCUAUUGUCAAUGAGGCAUUGAGCGGAAUUUCACAGUCCGGGCAUAAUGACCCAUAUCACCUGGUGGGCAGGUUUUAUUAUAUUGAGACUCUCAACUCCUAUCAGCCCCAGUCAGAGUAGCCAGUGGUCAGGACUGGUGGCAGCUGUAUUCUCAAUGGGAUCUUGGAGGGCUAAAGGUUAGCCACUCCUGCUUUCUGUAGCUUGCUGUUGGCUAAAAAGCUUCAUUGCUUUCUCUUAAGUUCAGUGAUUGAAGUAAAUCCUGCGGGUUUUUAAUAGCCAUCUGCUUAUGUGGCUUUAAGUGUGUUUUAUUCAUGCCUCCGAUGUGAUAGAUAAAUCUGUGAAGUGGGUGUCUGCUAUGGAGAGAGGCUUCCCAGAGAUGCUCACUUGAUGCCUCCUUUAUGAUCUUUUGAGUGCCAAGAGGAAAUCUUAUUAUCCACCUAGACUUGGGGGGGGGGGGAUGAUAAUAUUAAGACCUACUUUAACACCCUCAGUAAGAUAUAGUUGACUUCGACUCUUGUUUCCCCCAGAUCCUUACUCUGUGAAGAGGAAUGUGGCAAGAACCCUUAAUAGUCAAUUAGUUUAUGAAUAUAUUCUUCACUGCUUACGGGCAACUUACAAGUAUUUUGCCUUGCCCCAUAAACAAAGUACAAAAAACAACCAAAAGAGACCUGCUGAAUCCUUGGCACUCUCAGAGCCGGAGAAGAGCGCUCUUAAACCUGGCAUCCCUGACAUACAAAAUGCACAUGACGAGGCAGAGAAAUCGCCAGUGGACAGCUGUGUAACUGCUAGCAUGAAAAGUUCUUAUUUUCCUCAGGAACCUGCGUUGGAUCCUUCUCAGGUGUUUGGUGCUGAAAGCUUUGUGGAAGAGCAGUUGGCAGACGAUAUAGAGCAUUUAGGUGUUUCCCAUGAGGACUCAGACUGCAUAAUUGAGGAAUUUAUUUCGGGCGACAAUGAGGAAUAUAAACCGAGCUGUGAGGAGACAGAGAGUGGAAAUGAAGAGGAAGAAGAAGAUGGGCACGAACGUGAUAGAAAAUGGCAGGGACGUUUGGGUAUCAAUCAAGGUUUGGAUGAAGACAGUGAAAGUGGAGAUCUUGCUGUUCCAGCUGGUGAGCAUGAUGUUGAAACUGACAGCAUUUCUGAUAUGGAGAAUUUUCAAAAUACAGUAGCUGCUCUUGACGGGUUUGGUUCAGAAUGCGGCGGUGGACUAGACGAUAAGGUUGACAUGGAUGCAGAGAGCACAGAAGGAACUGAUGAACUGGAUGAUUCCCUGAUCAAACUGGAACCAGCAACUCAGGAGCAAGUAUUUGAAAUGGAUAAUUCGGAGGAGGAGGAAGUGGAAGAAGAGGAGGAAGAAGAAGAGGAAGAGGAGGAGGAAGUUCACAGUAUUAUAAACCAGAGACAACUUGGGAAUGUUAUCAAUACUGAAGAUGAGCUGGAUAACACGUACACUGGAUCUGGCAUUGAAGAGCCUCUAUCGGAAGAGGAAGAAUUGUUUAUUUCUGUCAAAUAUGAAGACAGUGAGUUCAGGAAGAAUGCAGAUGAACCUCCAAGGGCAGAUUUGGAUAAAGAAGAUAAUGUUGAAAAAGAAGCGUCUUUGGAAAGCAACAUGCUCAUAGAUCAAUGUGGCAAAUCUGACUUCUUCUAUGAGUUUAAUAAAUACUCUUUCACAAAAGGCAAGGUAAUAACAUCUAAAUUGUAAAAUACUAUUUAUGCUGCAGUUCCUUCAUUCCAUUGCAUGUUAAUCUGUAGAGGUAGGACUAAUCUACAUUAGAGGCUGUGUGUUUGGUCCCACAAAUGUCAUUUAAUUCCAGAGUCAUAAAUCGGGACUAGAGGAACAAGUUUUUUCUUUUUUAAAUAAAAAAAUUCCAUUGGUGCAUUAUAAUUUCUACAAUCCAUAAUCAAGCUGACUGUUAUUUUGAGUUUCUUCCACAUGUCAAAAUAUUCACAGGUUUGAGCAAAUAGCAUGGCAGGCUUUCAACACGGUCAGUAUGACAUGACAGUUGGAAGUUGCAGUCAGACAUGUAUAAUAUGAUAAGCUGUUACUGAUGUACAGAGAGUGUCAUUGACCAUAGUCUGGCCAUUCCUGAUAACAGAUAUAUUCAUUAUCUCCCCAUUUAUACUUUAAGCUAGGUGAUGUUUGCUGUCUCCUACCAGGCCUUGUUCCCACUUAUCAUUUAGCAAGCUUGAGAGUGUAGUUUAGCUCAGAGAAGAAAAAAGUUUUAAGGAUGUCUUCCUUUCUCUUUGAUACAGUCACCUACAGUUGUGUGUAGCCUAUGUAAGCGAGAAGGUCAUCUAAAGAGGGACUGCCCAGAAGACUUCAAAAAAAUUGAGCUGGACCCUUUGCCACCAUUAACACCCAAGUUCUUAAAUACUUUGGAUCAAGUGUGCAUCCAGUGUUAUAGUAAGUUGACUGAACUUCAUUUUGGUUGGAAUUUUUUUGGAAAUUAAUACUUGUACAAAAUAAACAGGGUCAAGUAAUUUUUCUUAGUUUGGGCUAUUUUCCACUCAACAAUCUUCUGCCAUGUUAGAGUUGGGGAGUGUGUUUGCAGAUCGCUGGAGAAAAUGAUUUCUGGAGGUAGGGUUGUAAGAUGAGAGCAGAAGAAAGUUGAAAGUAGUUGGAAGAAUUAAGUGCCUCUGCCUACCUGCAAUUUUCUCUGCUGCCAAUCAUGUCAUUCCUCACUGUUUUGCCGCUAUUUGGCAAUUUCCAAACCAGGUCCACUGCUGAGGCUGUACACUAAUGCGUACUGCUUAAAACCCACAAAACACUUUUAAAAUAUACAUUCAUUGGGAAGUUGUAUAUUAACUAGCAUUUAAUAUAAAAUGCAAAGUAUAUGUCUUUGUUCUUACAUUACUGCUUACCACAAUAUAAGAUACAGUCUAAUCGCAAAGUUUUUGUCCAAAAAUGUAGCUUUAUAUGUUGUAAUUGGUUCUGUUACUUUAGGCUAACAGCAUUGGGUAUUGCAUUAUAGAUUUCAUAUUAAUGCCUCAAGUUAACUAGAUAUACCGUCAGUCAAUUAACGUGUAGCAUAAUAUUAUUAUUAUAAAAGAAAUUGUCUUUCUAGUGCAUCUACUUGUUAUCAUAAUUCUAAUUCUAAAUGAAUAUAUGCUGUCUCUUCAACAGAGGACUUUGCUCCAAACAUUAUAGAAGACCAGGCUCGUGAAUAUAUACGGCAAAAUCUUGAAAAUUUCAUCAGACAAGAGUUUCCAGGUGUUCUUUGUGAUUAUAUUUAUUUUCAAAGUACUAAAGUAAUUUUUAUGAUGUCCUUAGGUCACUAAUCUCAAACCAGUUACUACAGAAUGUGUUGCCUAGCAGAAAAUUUAAGGAUAUGCUUUAUAUUUAUUACAGCUUGUUUUCUUUAUUCUUGGCCUAAUUGUCCAAUAUUUAUUACUAACGAAUGCUAAUGUGCUCAAAUAAUUCUCUGAAAUACAUCCUCCUUUACAGGCACUAAGUUAAACUUAUUUGGCUCUUCAAAGAAUGGAUUUGGCUUCAAGCAAAGUGAUCUCGAUAUUUGUAUGACAGUUGAUGGUCUGGAAACAGCUGAGGUAGCCUUUUUAACAUGAGCAACACGACAAGUACAAAUAAGUGUGUUUAUGGGUGAUACUCAGUUGCACAGUGGGCUGUUUCCCGUUCCUCUUGUUCCCCUUCCCCUCCUCCUGAGGGUUCUCCAAACCUCCAGUUUCCAGUUUGCAGUGCAGGGGGCAGAAGAAGGGGAGAUUACAUUGUGCCAGCAAAAGUUCAUUCCUCUGGAAGACAUAGGCUGAUCUACUAAGGAUCUUUCUCAGGUUUUCCCCCCUAAGCUGAUAGUGUUCCAUGUGCACACACAGACAUGUCUAGUUAAUCAUAAUCUAUUCAGUGCAAGAAAACAAGAGAGGUUGAUAAAUGAGCAGGUUCACUCUUUUAGAUUCCAGAUAGAUUCCAGAUAAAGCCACUUUCUUUUUUUUUUACAUCAAAGUGGAUAUUCAGUAAUCACCUACAAUGCUCAAACAAAAAAAAUUUGUACAGGAGCACCUUAGAGACUUCUUCAUGCACACGAAAGCUUAUACCAAGAACAAACUUAGUUGGUCUCUAAGGUGUUACUGGACAAUUUUUUAUAUAUUAUAUAUUGAUAUAUUUUGACUGCGUCAGACCAACACGGCUACCUACCUGAAUCUACCACUUACAAUGCUGUUGUCGCAUUAAUACCAGCAUACAGUGGUGCCCCGCAAGACAAAUGCCUCGCAAGACGGAAAACCCGCUAGACGAAAGGGUUUUCCGUUUUGGAGGUGCUUCGCAAAACAAAUUUCCUAUGGGCUUGCUUUGCAAGACGAAAAUGUCUUGCGAGUUCCUGCGGGUUUUUUUUCCUUUUCCCCCCCUUUUCCCCAAGCCGCUAAGCCGCUUAUCAGCUGAUCCGCUAAGCCGCUUAUCAGCUAAGCCGCUAAGCCGCUAAACAGCUGAUCGCUAAGCCGCUUAUCAGCUGAUCCGCUAAGCCGCUUAACAGCUGAUCCGUUAAGCCACUAAGCCGCUUAUCAGCUGAUCUGCUAAGCCGCUUAUCAGCUGAUCCGCUAAGCCCGCUAAUGGGCUUGCUUCGCAAGACGAAAAAACCGCAAGACGAAGAGACUCGCGGAACGGAUUCUUUUCGUCUUGCGAGGCACCACUGUAAAACCACCGACAUCGCUCCUAAAAUAGUAGUGACACCUUGAUCAUGGUGACUGUUUAUUUCUGGGGUUUAAAAAAAUUGCACAACUUUCGGCGGCAACUACUUCAGAUGUGUGAAGUGGAAAGGAGAAUAAACAAAGUCACAACAAUUUGCACUUGAAAACAGUCUAUUCGUUAUGUAAAUCUGGUGUAGUUGGGUACAGCAACCUAUUGCAUGGAAGGCAAAAAGGAGACGCCUGUGUCUUGCGGGCAACCUGUACACGUUAGUGCUGUUGCUUGUUCACGAUGGCCAGUCUUUUCCCAAUAGUAGAUUGGCCUUGGUUUGUCUCUUGCAGGAAACAGAAAAAAGUGUCUUUACUUUUCUCCCCCUCCCUCCUAGCCUUUAACAAGAAACUGGAAUUAUGAAAGGUUUCAUUGGGAAGCCCCUUGUGAAAUUUUACCUGGAUAGCCAGAUGAAAUCUGACCAGGGCUGUGAGAUGUUGAGUGCAACAGCAAGUUUAUGUUUGCCGUUUUCUAAAUUGGAGGUGCUAAAAGCCGUAUGGAUUGAUCUGUUACACAGUCAGGUUCAUGAUAGAAGAAAAGUGCAGUAUGAAUGAGAGGACCUCUUAAAAAAAACCCCACCCACUGGGUUACAUCCAGUGAAGUUGUCCUGUAAGCAAAGGAGUUCUACUCACCACAUUGGGAGUGAUCUUCCUCUUGCUCUCCUCUCCCUGUGCAUCGCUCCCAAAUCCAUUAUAUGGGUUCUACCAGGCCUCUGAAGGGAUGGGGGAGCAUAUAUGGUGAGGAAGUCCCAUUUUGCAGGUGUAAAUUUUCUUUUUGUUUUUUACAAUUAAUUUUAAUUAGGUUUUGCCUCUUACAAAAAUCUAAAAGAAAAAACAUUCCAACAAACAGAACAAAAACAUUUUGCAGAUGUAACUUCCUGUCCCAGUGGGGCAACUUCACUAGGUCUGCCUGUUGUAGCCAUUGAUCUGCCUAUUGUAAUGCUGGCAAUUGUAAUAUUGGGGAGUAAUUCUUUUCCUUAAGCUUUGUCGUAUUGCUGUGUUUUUAAAGCUUUAAAAAAGGAUUAUGAUGUAUUCUUUUUUAUCACAGGGACUUGACUGUAUAAGAAUUAUUGAAGAACUUGCAAGAGUGCUCAAGAAACAUUCAGGUAACUGUUGCUGAAAAUGUGGUUGGUUUGUAUGUUGUUGUUUUUUAAACCAUGCACACAGGAACAUGAAUUGUGUGAGGGUGUUUGUGAAUUUCAGAUUCUGCCGAUGCAAAACACUCACGAAAGGAGUUUAAAUUUAGGAUCAGGCCUUUGAUGCACUUUAGCCACAAGAGCUUUCUAGUAUGUCUGAAAACCAUAAAGCAUUGACUUCUCUUUGCAUAUCAUUUAUGUGAUAAAUGAAUGGAGAAAUUUAGCUUAGUUAUUGGUGGGCUGGCCAUCUUCCCUGAUUUAGCAUGCAUUCAUUUGAUUUUUGGUACAGAAUCCUAACAAUCAAAUUUUAAUUCCCCCCCCCCAACCCUCCUGGAUGCACAAUACUUGAUAGUAUUGGUCUGUCUGCAAUAAUAGCGAUACAUUCUUAAAGUCUGUUAGCCCACAUAUCUGCAACUCUGUCUGCCCUUAGCCAUUGGCCCACAGUCAAAACAAAAACAUGCAAGUUGGUUGCCAUAAAGUGUGAAAAUCUGUUCUUGCAAUGACCUAAAAUGGUGGUGAUGGAAUAAACCUAACAAAAAAAAAUAGCACAAUUAGCAUAGCCUUUGUCUGCAUAAAAUGAUGAAGAUAUUAAAUUUAGGAGGAAUAAUAAUAAUGAAGCCGGGUCUUCUUGUAGCCAGGCUGCUAGCACUUCAUAGAUAUUUCUAAAGCUAAAAACAAAUACACUAGACAGAUCUGUGUGGAUUCAUGUUGUUCUCUUUUGGAAGAACAUUGUCAUUGUCAGCUUGGUCAUAGUUAAUUAGGGCUGCCAUACGUCCGGAAUCCACCAGACAUAGGCGAGAUUUAUCCGCCGAAAAUGGCCUCUGGGUGGAAUUGUCAAAACUGGACAAAGUGUAUAGGAAAACCCAGGCAUGUUGUAGCCCAUAGCUUUAAAACUUUUGGGGCACGUUAUAAGGCAUCCGUAGAGUGUGCUAGCCAGGGCUUUGAGGCCUUGCCAUCACUUUUCCUGAAAUGACUGUUCUUCGUAUUCACUCAGCACUCCCCUGUGGGUGUAAAUUGCAGGAAAAGAUCAAUAGUAGUGUGCAAGUUGUCUGUCUUCUGUUACUGUUCUUCACAUUGAGGAAUCCCUGAUAAGCUUCCAUGGAACCCUAGGCUUCCUAAGUAUGUCUUGGAACAUGGUUGAAAACCACUGCCAAAAAUGAGAUGUGUUCAGUUCAGUGAGAUGUAUUCCUGAAUAACUCUGUAUAGGGUUGUGGCCUAAGUAUCAUUGUGUACUUAACAAUGCUGAAUUUCAGCCAAUGUCAUUCCUAUGGAGUUCAACUGGUAUAAAUCUUCAUUUUUGUACUUCCAUAGGUCUAAGAAAUAUAUUACCAAUAACAACUGCUAAAGUGCCAAUUGUCAAGUUCUUUCAUGUGCGAAGUGGUCUUGAAGUAGACAUCAGCUUGUAUAAUACAUUGGUAAGAACAUCUCCUAGUUGAAAUUCAAGCACUUCUUCAAAUAGCCACUGGAGAUAUAGCAAAUGGGAUAUGGGGCUACUGUUAUGGAGGAAAACUCAUCCAAAUUACAUGGAUGAGUUCUUCCGUAUUUAUGAUGAACAGAAAUGGGGUUCAUGUGGACAACUGAUCAACAGAGUUUGGGAAAUAAAAAAAAUAAAUAUGUCAAGGUAGUUACUUCAGUGUCUUGUAGAAAUGGUUGGUAUUAAAAUCUGUCCAAACAUGCACUGUGAUUUUCAGCAUAUUUUUGUUGAAAUUAUGUGUUUUAUUCACUUGGUAUUUUUUAAAACAAGGUUGUUUAAUUUUUAGAUAGCAAGUAAAAAAAAAUUGUGGUUGUGGUGUACAUGCUCAUUCCACAUUCCAAUCGCAUGCUUCUGAAAUAAUGCUGUUUCUGUUGACUGAGGUAUUUCAGAGAGCUUUCCAAGUCAUACAGUUGCUGUCCUCCUUCACCAAUCCAUCUCAAAAUUCUAAUCUCAUUUCUUUCUAGGCUCUACAUAACACAAGACUCUUGUCCUCUUAUGCAGCUAUUGAUCCAAGAGUAAAAUAUCUCUGCUAUACAAUGAAAGUCUUCACAAAGGUACAUCAAUGUUCUAGUUAACUGGGGGAGAAAAAGUGAUACCCGUUAAGUUUUUCCACUAAUUUCUUCUCCCCCCCUCUUUUCAGAUGUGUGAUAUUGGUGAUGCAUCUAGAGGCAGCCUAUCUUCCUAUGCCUAUACUCUAAUGGUGCUCUACUUCCUUCAGCAGAGAAACCCUCCUGUCAUUCCUGUUCUUCAAGAGGUACACACUUUAAGCCUGUGUGUGUGUGUGCACAACAUUGUGCAUAGGGACUUCGCCUUUCUCUCCUUCUUGUAGCCCCUACAAACACUCAAAAACUGCUCUGCACUGCCGGGAGACCCUCUGGAACAGAUUUUGGGAAUGCGGUGGGGACUGGGGAAGAGAGGAAAGCAAAGUCCUGUUGCAGGACUGGAAUUUUGCUCGCACAACAUUGGAUCCUACCCUGUUAUGCUUGCACACUCACUUGAAAACAUCUCAAAAGCACUAAUCUCCUGCCCUGAUAGUCUUAAUAUUUAUUUUCUUAGAUAUACCAAGAGCCAAAGAAACCCGAAAUUCUAGUUGAUGGCUGGAAUGUCUAUUUCUUUGACAAAACAGAUGAACUGGUGAGUCUGGCUAAUACGAAAACAACUCUGCUAUGUAAUCUUAAGUAAAGUUACACUCCUAACCUUUUUAAUGAGGUCAAACUGACCAUGGGAAAUUGGGGGGGAAAUAAGUAAGUUUGCUCACACUUAACGAAGUAUGUUACCUUGUGCUUCGUGAUCCCAGUUGUAACUUUUUAUAAACUGCAGAGGACAUUGUGACACUGUUGGUCAUUUUUACCUCAAUUGUAUGGCAUGAGAAAAGGGCAGUACAGUGGUACCUCGGGUUACAUAUGCUUCAGGUUCUGCUAACCCAGAAAUAGUGCUUCAGGUUAAGAACUUUGCUUCAGGAUGAGAACAGAAAUCGUGCUCCAGCGGCACGGCAGCAGCAGGAGGCCCCAUUAGCUAACGUGGUGCUUCAGGUUAAAAACAGUUUCAGGUUAAGAACGGACCUCCAGAACGAAUUAAGUACUUAACCCAAGGUACCACUGUACUGUGCUCAUAAGAUCCUAAUGAUCUAGUGGCCUCUUAAAAUGAUGUUUAAGUUAUUCACUAAUAUUUAUGUCAGCAGAUACUUAGAUCAGAACCAGUUCUGUUCAUUUUCUUCAUUCUUUGCAUUUAUCUACUUCCUUUUUGCCAAGAUAGAAAGAAAACAUUAUGAGAGCAUACACAGUGAAAUGUAGAAUGUGUUGGUGACAAGGAAAAAAAUAUAGAUAUAAAAGGAGUUUGGGACAAGUCUUAUUUGGUGAGAGAACUCCAGCAGAGAGUUUAAAUCAAAAAUGUUCAACAAAGUGUGGAAAUAUAGUCUGUUAGACCUUUGAAAUAUGCCCUUCUAAGUUCCUUCCAAAGAUUCCCUCUUUCCCUCGCAUAGAAAAAGACCACAUGUUUGGUAAGAUAAAAAUGGUUCACUUAUAAACUGUCCAGAGGUCAGAUUCAUGUUGCAUAGGCAGUAAAACUUAACUGGUGAAAGUUUCUAAAUUAUUGGUACAGGAACUUAAAAGAGGCUUGUUAGAGCCAUGUGGCUGGAGGCAGCAGCUCAGAACUCUUUGCACACUGGAGUUCACAUGUAGGCUAGAGGGAAACAAAGGCUUGAUUAUUAGUAAUUCCCGAGGUAAGCUAAGCCUGCCAGGACAGCUUACUCUAUGGUCUUAACCCCUUCAUUAAUUAGACUUAAACGUGUUGAUUAUAUGAGGCAGAUUAUCCCACAGAACUUUGUUGAUUUACUUAAGUAUUAAUUUAUGUUUGUGCAAAAAUAUCACUGCAAAGGCUUUUGGGGAGUUAAUAAAAGUAAGACCCUAAAAAACCCCUUACAAACCUGAAUUGUGGUGUAUAUAUUUAGCAGUUGGAAGCUUCCUUACAUGAACCAUCAAAACUGUUUCAUUCUUAUCACACCUAUUUGCAGAAUUCAUGUUGAAAAUGCUUGCCAAUCAGGUAGAUGGGGUCACUUUAACCCAUCAUUUACAGUGGUGCCCCGCAAGACGAAUGCCUCGCAAGACGGAAAACUCGCUAGACGAAAGAGUUUUCCGUUUUGGAGGUGCCUCGCAAAACGAAUCUGCUAUGGGCUUGCUUCGCAAGACGAAAAUGUCUUGCGAGUUCCUGGGUAAAUUAUUUCCUUUUCCCCCUCUUUUUCUAAGUCGCUAAGCCGCUUAUCUGCUUAUCCGAUAAGCUGAUAAGCUGCUAAAAGCCGCUAAAAGCCGCUAAUAGCGCUAAUCCGCUAAUCCGUCAAUGGGCUUGCUUCGCAAGACGAAAAAACCGCUAGACGAAGAGACUCCCAGAACGGAUUCUUUUCGUCUUGCGAGGCACCACUGUAUUUGGUAGCUCAUGAUUGGCAAAAUAUUUGCAGCCAGAUCCGAGGAUCUCAGCAGAUGUAAGAUUUACUAGCAGUUCUCAGUUAGGAACCCUCCAUUGUGGCGAUCACACAGGGUCCCCGGACGUUUGACAGUCUAUUGAUCCCUGUGCCACCACUGUGCUCGCUUCCCCGCUGCCACCAACCCGUUACUCUCGGGUACACACUGAGUCCAGACAGUUGUUAAAAUUAAAUCAAAUAAACAAGUUUAUUUUGUAAGCAUUAACAAGUAUGGUUUCUCAGUUAAUUUUCUUAUCAGUUUCUUAACCUUAGUUUCUUUACCGGCCUAUACCUUCCUAAUACCUUCCGACUGAUUAUCUCAACUUAACAGUUUCUCUCACUCUCUCACAUCAGACCAGCCCAACCCACAGACUUAUCCCCUCUCUCUCUCUCUCUCUCUUCUCUAACUCCAGACUGACUUCUUAACAACUCUAACUCUAACUCCUACCCCUGGGUUCCUAUUGGUCAGUCAUUUUACACUUAGUUAACCCUUUCCUUAUGAACCUAGUAUGAUGUCACAAACCUAGGAGGGCAAACACCACACCCUCCAAUUUACUUAAAUUAGUAGAAGACUUGUAUCCAUCCUUUCAAUCCAAUGAUUCUCAAUGCGGCUUACAAUAUAUUGUAAUAAUUUACAUAAACACAAAUCCAAUACCUUGACAGCCCAGUAGCCCCCUGGAUAGAGCUAGAGUAUGCUUCUCUUUAGCCUGGCAGCCCCAGGGUAACUGGCAAUUGACCCUUUCUACAAGGUUGGAACAAUUCACACAUCUAGGCAAAGAGUGACAAGAGAUCAGUAAAUUGCAUGCUAUUGUCUACACCUGAAAAAGAUAUAUAUUUCACUUCCAGCCUGCAGUUUGGCCAGACUUUGGUAAAAACAAAGAAUCCAUUGGUGAAUUAUGGCUAGGACUUCUCCGUUUCUAUACUGAAGAAUUUGAUUUUAAAGAGCACGUUAUCUGCAUCCGAAGAAAAAGUUUGCUUACAACAUUCAAGAAGCAGUGGACUUCAAAAUACAUAGUUAUUGAAGGUAUUCCUCUAAAUUAUGAGACCUUUAUUCAUCAUUUAACAAAUAUAUUUGAACAACAGGGCCAAGUUUGGUGAAAUGCUUAAUUUCUGUUGGGGGAGUAAUACAGUUAAAGGUCUGUGACAGUAUAGGCAGCAAACUGCUCAAAGGAAUUUGCAUUUUAGCAACCUGAUUGGAAAAGCAUUGUACUGGCAAAUUAGUUUUAAAAAUACACCGCGAGCUGUUGUAUGAACACGGCAUCAUGAGCUGUGAUGCCACAGUUAUUGGAUGCUGACUGUAGACUAGCAAUGCCUUGGCACAACUGCCACUUUGCUCAACUGAAUAUGGGAGGGGGGGACCUAGGACCCUUACCAGCAGGGGUGGGAAGAGACAGCAGACACCACAGGUCUGUUGCUUCAGCACUGAGCCCCACCUGGCAUGAGCACAGAUGAGAUCACUGACUCGCCCAGAACGUUGCUGUCCACUUGACAGUAAUGCACCUGCACAGUAUGCUUCCUGAUGCCUUCUGAGAAGGGUACCACGUUCCCUUUUCUUCUUUGACACUCAUCUGUGGAAGCGUCUAGUCCAUGAAAAAGCUGCCCCAUACAUUGAGAUUAAGGAGGCUAGGCAUUAUAGGGAUGCAGGUGGGGCUGUGGUCUAAACUGCUGAGAAGGUUGGUGGUUUGAAUCCGCACAACGGGGUGAGCUCCUGUUGCUCUGUCCCAGCUCCUGCCUACCUAGCAGUUCGAAAGCACACCUGUACAAGUAGAUAAAUGGAUACCAGUGGCGGGACAGUAAAUGGUGUUUGCGUGCGCUCUGGUGUUCACGGUGUUCCGUUGCACCAGAAGCGGUUUAGUCCUGCUGGCCACAUGACCCAGAAAGCUGUCUGUGGACAAAUGCCGGCUCCCUCGGCCUGAAAGCAAGAUGAGUGCUGCAUUCCCAUAGUCGCCUUUGAGUGAACUUAACCAUCAAGGGGUCCUUUACCUUUACCUUUAGGCAUUGUGUUAAACAAUGGGAUGUGAGAUAUAGGGGGAAGGAAACACCAAUAGAGGCCAAAUUAGGUAAAGGUAAAGGACCCCUGACAGUUAAGUCCAGUUGCGAACGACUUUGGGGUUGCGCACUCAUCUCGCUUUACUGGCUGAGGGAGCCGAUGUUUGUCCGCAGACAGCUUCCGGGUCAUGUGGCCAACAUGACUAACCCACUUCUGGCAAAGCCAGAGCAGCACACGGAAACACCAUUUACUUUCCCAUCGGAGUGGUACCUAUUUAUCUACUUGCACUUUGACGUGCUUUUGAAGUGCUAGGUUGGCAGGACUGAGAAUGGGAGCUCACCCCGACAUGGGGAUUCAAACCGCCGACCUUCCGAUGGGCAAGCCGAAGAGUCUCAGUGGUUUAGACCACAGCGCCACCUGCAUCCCUAGACCCCAAGUUAGAUUGGUAUAUAAAAUGGACUGAUGGAGGUGUUUUGUAGUAUGCCAUCAUUGGACUCUGAACUUGCUUCCUUUGAUCCUCCUUUCUGUGUCUUAUGAAGUGUCAUGGGCCAUGCUAGGCACAUGAUAUUGGCCAUCAAAGGGUAGCCUUUUAUCACUCCAGCUUUCUUGCAUAGCUUGUUGCCUUGAUUUGCAUUUGCUCUAGCUUUCCCUUGAAUAGACAUAGAAUAUUAUUGGCUAGCUGUCGGGGAGCUCAUGCUGGUAAUCCCCAAGUAACUAGUUCUGUUUGGCCGUGCAGCGUUAUCUAUAUAAUCCCUGCCUCUCUAUUCUUAAUAAACUAGUAAAUACAAGGAUCGGGCACGCUUUACUGGUGGUUCUUUUUCUGCCUGCUCCCUCUGACUGUGAAUUACUAUACAGGUGUCUCCCCACUUGCGUGCGAUCAGCAUGCACGCUCCCACUGACACAUGCGCUGUUUUCGGCGCCGCAAGGUGGUAUGGUGGGGGCGGAAUGGGGGAAUCUCCACUCGCUCUGCUUGGUGGCCGCAAACAGAACCCCCGAGUGAGUAGGGGUCCCCUGUACUACAGUUUUUUCUCUAUAUACAUUUUUUUGCAAUAAAAUGAUUGGCUUAGUUUUUCAGUUUGAACAACUAUUGCUUUAUCUUGUUGAAGGUUUUUCAUCUUCUUGUCGUCAAAAUCUUAGAUCACUCUUCAGUGUUUUCCCUUUCUUUGUACAUGAGGAAGGGGAAGAAAUCUGUUUUAUAAAUGUGGCUCAGCAUUAAAAAUGUAACCAGCAUUCCCAUUGGUUUUUUUGUUCUUUGGAUUCUGUUUGUUCACGAGCUAUUUUAAUAUGGGUUUUGUUAAAACCUGCAACACCCCUCUUGCAGAUCCUUUCGACCUGAAUCACAAUCUUGGAGCCGGUUUGUCAAGAAAAAGUAAGUGAUUGCCAUAAAUUAUGUUGUACAGAGAUAUACUUUUAUAUGACUCUGUUUCCAUUUAAUUGAUCAUUGUUUUUGUUUUGAUUACUCUAGUGACAAACUUUAUAAUGAAGGCUUUUAUAAAUGGUAGGAGGGUGUUUGGCACCCCGGUAAGAGGAUUUCCUAAAGAAUACUCUUCAAAGAUGGUGAGUGUGUUAGAUUUCUAACAACAUUUUAUUAAGAUGUUCUAUGCUGUAUUGUACUGCAUUACAAUUUGAAUUAUAUAGAUAAGAAAUAAAAGUACCUACAAAAAUAAAGUUUAAAAUCAUUAUAAAUAUUUAAUAUGGACACCCUGAAAACUACCUGAAUUCAGUUUGUGAGCCACACUUUAGGAACCCUGUCCUAGAUGUUUCACUAGUCCUUGCUGAAAUUUUCAAACACAGGAAUAUGCAACCAGUAGUGUUUGCUUGUUUUGCACUAGUCAGAAAGAAUUGCCCAUUUCAGUUCAAUGCUAACAUUUUGUAUUUUUGUUAGGAAUAUUUUUUUGACCCAGAGGUGCUGACAGAAGGUGAACUGGCCCCAAAUGAUAGAUGUUGCAGGAUUUGUGGUAAAAUUGGGCAUUUCAUGAAAGACUGUCCCAUGCGGAGAAAGUAAGUACGCUUUGCCUCGCUGAAGGAUAAUAUGCCUCUAAUUGUGCAGAUUUUUUUUACUGACAGUAGUGCAGACACAACGCUCCCCAUUUCCUAACCAUUGUUAGUGGAUUGGAAAUAUUAUGAGUGCACUGGGGAACGUUGGGUGUGACACCCCUUGGUGUAGUAAUUCGUAGCACAUAUAAAUGCUUUAGUGUGACAUUUAGCAAGCCUUAAGGGAAUUUUAGUACAUUUUUUCAUAUUCAGGCUGCCUUAAGAUAAAUUUUACUGUGAUUCAUGCAUUCUUAGACCCAGAAGACGGCACGAGAGUGAAGAUCUUAAAAACCAAAGAUACACAGAAAACAAAGAAAAAAGAAGUAAGGAGGAAAAAGAGACCCCUGUUAAAAUUGCAGAAAGAGAUGUCCUGCUAAAAGAUGGGAGAUUGCAGAUAUGUACACCUAACAAAAACAAAUUGGGUAGGGGAGCAAUGGAAACUGCAAAAGAGAAGACACCCAAGCAGCCAGCAGAGAAAUGGAAGCGACAGGAAGACAGAGAAAAGCGUUGCUUUAUUUGUGGAAGGGAAGGACAUAUUAAAAAAGAGUGCCCUCAGCACAAAGGAGCUGCAGGUACUCAGCCCAACAAUAAUAGUGUUCAUGGUACUAAAAAUAUGCUUUAAGGUCAACUGGGAAUUUUAGUGACACUUGUGGGCUUCUUUUCUUUUCUCUUCUCUUUUCUUUUCUUUGCAGACGAGGGCAACCAAUAUGAUGUUUUUUUUAAAAAAAUUCAAGAAACAGGAUAUAAGCUUAAGCGUAACAUUAUCAAAACAAUUAGUUCCCCCUCCUCCCACAACGGAUGAAUGCAGUAAAUUGUCCCAUAAAACUUUUCUAAAGUUGUGGUUCUGAAAUACUUUUCAGUAGAGAGAGUAAAUGUUUUCAGAUGUUUUGUUGGAUUCCUAGGAGUGGCUGGUAGCUUUUUAACCAUUUCCCUUUAUGCCAUUUCCUUGUUGAAAAGCUCCCCCACCAAAGCUGUCCCCACCCCCCCAAGGAAGAGAGAGAGAGAGAGAGUAAAAGCAGCCUAAGAUACAGUGGUGCCCCGCAAGACGAAUGCCUCGCAAGACGAAAAACUCGCUAGACGGAAGAGUUUUCCGUUUUUUGAGUCGUUCCGCAAGACAAAUUUCCCUAUGGGCUUGCUUCGCAAGACGAAACGUCUUGCGAGUUCUUGCGAGUUUGUUUCCUUUUUCUUAAAGCCGCUAGGCCGUUAAUAGCCGUGCUUCGCAAGGCGAAAAAACCGCAAGACGAAGAGACUCACGGAACGGAUUAAUUUCGUCUUGCGAGGCACCACUGUAUGUGAUAUUUUCAAUGGGAGCAAGGAAAGCCCCUACUUCAAAUGGCAGCCUUCGUGGUUGUCAAAUACAAAGCCAGCGGGUGGGGGAAUUUAUUUUUAUUUUUUAAAAAAUAAAUAAAUCAGAACUGCCCUGAAGGAAGAAAAAAAAUAUUUUGAAAGUUGACCUUUGGCAUGCUUUUUACUGUUCCAAUUAAUAGGUGGAUUUUUCCAAAGUAGAUUUUUCUUGUAAGGUAAAUUUUAAUCUCAUUAGAUUUUAACUUUCCUAGGUGCCUUGAAGUUGGAAAGUCCAUGUGGGUCCCCUUUAUCCAGUGCUGUUAAGCAUUCUGGUCGAUUGAAUCAGGUAAACAGUUACCACGUGUGAUUUAUUUAUUUUAAAGUAAAAAAUUAACUUUUGGCCGCAUAGCACAAUUCUUAUUUUAAAUGUUAUGCUGCUAUUACAUCUUGCAAUAAGUAUCUUCAAAUGGUCACUCCUGGCUUUUCUUUUUAAGGGACUGCUUUUACAAGAAGAAAAAAAGAAACAGAAAGGAAGAAUAUUCUUGAGUCCCCAAUCAGGUUUGUGAACUAGGCUUGGCCUACGCAUAGCAUUCUGCACGCAUGAGAAUCAGCUGGUCGUUUGGUGUACUGGAGCAUUCUUCACAAGUCCCUUGCAUAGCACUCCACCAGUCACAUCUUUACCUGUGGGGCUACCUUUGAAGGUGACCCGGAAACUGCAAUUAAUGCAGAAUGCGGCAGCUAGACUGGUGACUGGAAGUGUCCGUCGGGACCACAUAAUACUGGUCCUGAGAGAUCUGCAUUGGCUCCCAGUACGUUUCCGAGCACAAUUCAAAGUGUUGGUGCUGACCUUUAAAGCCCUAAAUGGUCCUGUAUACCUGAAGGAGCAUCUCCACCCCCAUCGUUCAGCCCGGACACUGAGGUCCAGCUCCAAGGGCCUUCUGGCAGUUCCCUCACUGCAAGAAGUGAGGUUACAGGGAACCAAGCAGAGGGCCUUCUUGGUAGUGGUGCCUGCCCUGUGGAAUGCCCUCCCAUCAGAUGUCAAGGAAAUAAGCAGCUAUCCUAUUUUUAAGACAUCUGAAGGCAGCCCUGUUUAGGGAAGUUUUUAAUAUUUAAUGCUGUAUUGUUUUUAACACUCGAUUAGGAGCUGCCCAGAGUGGCUGGGGAGACUCAGCCAGAUGGGUGGGGUAUAAAUCAUAAAUUAUUAUUAUUAUUAUUAUUAUAUACCUGUCCCACUCUUGGUGUCAUGUUGUAUCAGGUGUGGGUUAGGUGGGUGUGUUCCCCACCCUGGUCUAGAAGAACCAACAGAGUUGGGGUCCCCUCUCCUUCCAUCAGAGUGAUCAAGACAGCACUAGUAAAUAACAAAACCAGUUGAAAUAGAUCCAGACAAAGUCUUAUCCCAGAAUGCCUGCAUUUGCACGGCCACCACCACUCAAGCACUUCAACAAAGAAUGGGAUACUUGGAGCUUUCCAAUAGCUGCUGCAAUAUUUGACAUCUACAGAGGCUUUGUAUGAAGCGCUAGAUUGGAAACUUCAAGAGAAACAAAUUUAGUGACGGAAUGUAUGGGCAGAAGUAACAGACCAAAGAAAGGAAUACAGAAGUGGAGGCAUGCUGGUGCCGCUGGAUAAAUAUACCUUGAGAUCAUGACAGAGACAUGCUUAGAGAAAACAAAGACGGUGCUUUAGUGUAGAUGUGUAACAGGAGGUUACAGUCAAAGACAUGGUGGGUAGCUUGGAAUAGACUUGGAAGUGUCCAAGUGCCCCGUUUUUCUUGGCUCUGCUGAGUUUGCAUCAUUGUAACCUAAAAACAUAUGUUACUAAAAAAUUAACUAGUUUGGUUUCUACCUAUUUACUCAUUUUUGUGGUCUUUCUCCCCAUAUACAGGCAGCCUUUCCAGUAAAUAUAUGACUCAGGGAAAAGCUUCGCAGAAGAGGCCUCAUCAAGAUUCAUGA